GACAACCAAAAUGCAGUCGCCUUUGGAAAUAAUUUAAGUACAAAACAAAUAUAAAUAACUUGUUGAGUGCUCUGUUUACCUAAUCCUUAGAAUUUGUUCAAACACCGUAUAACAUCGCAAAAAAUGCUAUAAAUAACCCCCAAAUCUGUCAAUCGACCCUCAGUCGUCAUGGUGAUCCCACAGCUUGCUGUGAUCGUUCUAGCUCUUCAGGCACAGUUGCUCCCAAGCUCCGCCUGGGCCCCGCACUCCCCGGAGCAAUUCCGCCGCUUCGAGGAGCUGUGCAUGGACCUUGCGGAGGUCCCGGUCCGCCAGCGGGCACUGCUCCGAGAGCACCUCUAUCCGGACGAGCACCGGACGCACUGCUUCCACCGGUGCUUGGGCAUCGUCAGCGGGCUGUACUCGGACCGGGAGGGGGCCGAUUUGGGCCGGGUUUACGCGCAGUUUGGCGGGGGACGGAACGAGACGCGGUUUCGGGACGGCGCGGAACGGUGCUUCCGGUGGAUGUUGGCGACGGAGAUGGGGGAGGGUGGCAGCGGGAUAAGAUUGGGGAAGUGCGAACGGCCUUACCGGAUGCACCAGUGCUUUGCCAAGGUUUACAGGGAGCAGUUUGAGGGGUUGUGAGACAAAUAAAGAAGCAAAAGCUUGAUACAAUAGUUUCGAAAUGGGAACAGCUGAUUGCAAAUUCUCCUGCUUACUCUGUAGCUG